AUGACACAAUAUAAUAAUUUUGAUUACACAACAAUGUUUUUGAGAUAGGAUUCUCAGAUAUUUUGCUUAAUGAAUAAUAAAAUAUUAAAAUUAGAUUUCUUAGAUGCAAUUGAAAAACUAAAAUCAUGUCUUAAUUAUUACUCUUAGAAAGAUUAAAGAUAUGAAUAUUAGAUUAAAAAACUAGAAGCACCUAACAUUUAAUUUAAACACUGCAGGUUUUCUUCAGAUCUAUCAUUAUGUGUUAGUAUAGGAUAAGGGAGACUAUUUGUAUUUUAAUCGGAAAGAAACUAUGGAGGAUCAUAAUAUUAAUACAAAGAAUACUUUAAAUACUUAAUCUUAUGGAAUAUUAAAACCUAAAAAUAUGAUACUUUAAUAGAACCAUACACCACAAAAAUUGGCUAUAAUCGCUAUCCUAUUUUAUUUACUGAUGUUGCCGUAUUUAUUCCUAAUUAAAACAUUAUGGUUUCAAAUAAGGAUAGAACUAUUGAAUUUAGGAAUUGCCAAGAUUUUGAUUCUAUCACAACAAUUGCAACUCUUGAUAAUGAACGUAGAAUUAAAAAUUUGAUAGUCUCCUAAGAUGGAAAAUUGUUGAUAUCUAUUUGUGAAAUUGGAAUUUUCAAGCUUUGGAACAUCAGUGAAAUUAAUUAAAUCACUCUAUAACGAGUCAUUUAUUAUGAGAAAGAAUUAGUUCAUUAUAGAUUUACAAACGAUAUUUGUUGUUAUAGUCUCUAUUAAAGGAAGGAAGAGAAAAAAUACUAUUUGGAAUCACUCAAUCUCACAAAAUAUCCAGUUAUCUACGCCUUUUAAUCAUUUAAGUAUUUCAAUACAUUUUUAAUUAUGUAGUAAGAAACUAUUAUUGCAUUAGGAGGAGGAUAAUUGGUCCUUUGGAAUUAUAAGAGUAAUCAAAAUAAAAGUAUAAUUGAAAAUAAUGAUGAAUGUUUUACUUAAAUAAUUUUUGGAAAUAAUAGUAAUAAUUUAGUAGCCGCAAGAGGUUGUGUCAUUUAUUUAAUAAACGAAAUAACUGAAGCUUUGAAUUUUACUUCAAUUUCAGAAUUAAAAGGACAUUAAGGGAAAAUAGUAUGCUUAUCUAUCUUGUACGAUAAUUAAAUGAUUGUAUCAGGUUCAUAAGAUAAAACUAUUAGAUUUUGGAGCAUUCCAUAAUUAGCCACUGUUUAUAUCCUUUUAGGCUUUAUAGAAAUUAUUUCAAAAAUAACUCUAUCUCCUAAUUGUAAAGAUAUGGCUGUGGCUAUGGAAGAUGGAUCUAUCAGACUCUUUGAACUUCAGUUUCCUGAGAAUAUUCAUGAUUUAAAAUUAGAUGAAAUUAAUAAUUAAAGUGAUUAUACCCAUUGUUAUAAAGUCUUUGGAAGAUAAUGUUUGAUAUCUGCAAAAAAUUGUAAUUUAUAAGGUGCAGUAAUAGAACAGGAUGGUAAGUCAUUAGAAGCAUUAUUCCUUUAGAAAGCGGCCAUUAAAGCAGACAAGAAAAAAGACAAGUAAGCAUCUAUUAUUAAUAAUAAAUGAAUAUAUUUCAUAUAAGGAAUUAAAUAAGAAUUAUAUAUAUUAAUUAUUAUAUAAAUAUCUAAUUGUAUAAUUAUUUAUGUAUUUUAAAUAUUUAUUUUUUUCAUUACUUAUAUGGAUUAACUUUGGAAUUAAUACAGAUUAUGACUGUAUUUCAAAUAGACAUUGUUCAAACGAGAUGUAGCAUAUACUAUCACAAGUAUUUAGUGAAAUAUUACACAGGAAGGAGAGAGUUAAGUAGUUUUGUUCUAUUGUAUGAGGAAUACAAGGAUAUCAUCUUAAUUAUUGAAUGUUAGAUAAUUUAUUGAGUGUCUUAGAGGGAAAUAAACAGAAUAAAUAUAACCUUUGAUAAGAUGUGCAGAUGAGAAUUGUUUGUGA